AUGUUGGAGGCCGUCGCCGAGGGCGAGUCGGCCGUCGAGCUGCUGCUCCGCGCGGCGGCGAUGGUGCCCGCGGAGCGCUACGUGCUGGCCGCCAUCAUCGUCGCGUCCGUCUUUUUGUACCGCUUCCUCGAGCUCCACGUCAUCGGCGACAUCCUCCGCGGCUUCCGGGGCGGCCGCGUUGAGCUCACCUUCCACCCCGUCUCGGAGAUCUACCACCGCGUCGCGUCCAAGUGCCGCUCGCUCCACGGCAGGUAUCUGACGACGCCAUGGCUGGCGAGCCCGCAUUUGCAGACAUUGUUCCUGGGCAUCUACGGGAUGCCGCCUUCAUUCACGUACAAAAGACAGUUGUACACAGUUCGUGAUGGUGGAACCAUUGCUUUGGAUUGGCUGCUUGCAUCUGAUUUGGAAGUUGCGGACGGAUUCAUUUCUAAAGAUGCUUCAACACCCCUUGUAGUUGUGGUUCCUGGAUUAACUAGUGAUUCUGCUGCUGCUUAUGCAAAACACUUGGUUUAUUCCAUGGCAAGCAAAGGAUGGAAUGUUGUUGUAUGCAACCACAGAGGUCUUGGUGGUGUGUCCAUUACUUCAGAUUGCUUCUAUAAUGGUGGUUGGACAGAAGAUGUCCGCGAGGUCAUUAAAUACCUGCAUUACAGAUAUCCGAAAAGCCCACUGUUUUGCAUUGGUACAAGCAUAGGUGCCAAUAUUGUGGUCAAGUAUCUUGGAGAAGAAGGAGAGAAUACUCCUGUAGCUGGUGCAGUAUCUAUUUGUUCUCCAUGGGAUCUGUUGAUAGGUGACAGAUUUAUUUCCCGCAAGCUUGUGCAGCGUAUUUACGACAAAGCACUUGCAAUUGGUCUGAAGGGCUAUGCAAAAUUACAUCAACCUAUCUUGGCCCGACUUGCAAACUGGGAAGGUAUUAAAAAGUCACGAUCUAUCCGGGAGUUUGACCACCAUGCUACUUGUGUUAUCGCAAGAUAUGAGACAGUGGAUACCUACUAUCGCCGGUGCAGCAGUGCUAGUUACGUUGGAAAUGUGUCAGUUCCCUUGCUUUGUAUCAAUGCUUUGGAUGAUCCCCUUUGCACAAGGGAGGCUAUUCCUUGGGAUGAAUGCAGGGCCAAUAAGAACAUUGUUUUAGCAACUACUCCGAAUGGUGGUCAUCUUGCAUUCUUUCAAGGACUAACUGCUCGAAGACUAUGGUGGGUUGGAGCUACUUCCGAGUUCCUUUCUGCUCUUCAUGACAGCUCCUACAUGCAUGGGCAGAAGGCAAAUGAUCAUGUUUUGCACUCUUCUUUGGAAUCCUCCAUUGAUAAGAGUCCGUAUGUUAAUCUCAUGGAAGAUGGAAUGGUAGCCGCAGUAACAAAAGAUGGCCCUGAUAGUGAUGGCUCACCUUCGAACCAUGCAGUUGAUGAAGAACAAUUAAGUAACGAGGCGGGCGGUAGACGACAGAAUGUGGUAUCUGCGUUGAACCACAAUGAAAAGGCCAGUGGAGUGGGGAACGAAAGCCCUGCAGGGCCAACAAAACAGCAAGGUGAUGACAUCCACGGCAAUAAGCUUCAUGAGAUCAUUGCUCCUGUCAAGAGAUCUAUAAACCAACUGACUCGAUACAAAGGGAGGUCAGUCUGGUUGCUUGCCUACAUUGCUUUUGUAACAUCAUGGCCGCUCCUUGGCUCCCUAGCUUUCAUCACCUUUCGGAAAAAGUUCAGGAAUCCGUUGCGAGCUAAAUGA